GAGGGCUGCAUUGGCGGGAGAAUGGGUUUGUGGUCCACGAUCUGAGGCAACGGUGGGUGUUUGGGGUCCAUGGUUCCCAGGAGUAACAUGAGGAUUCUUUCUCUUCUGGAAGCUGACAGGACCAAAACAUAAGGAUUACCAAAGUGGUGACAGAAGAAAUCUUGGAAGAAAGCAUUUUUGCCUUGUACUUGAUACAACUGCUGGGCCCACCAUGGCUCCUGUGAAGAUCAGCCACGUGGUAUCAUUUUCCUCUCAGGAUCCCAAGUAUCCUGUGGAGAACUUGCUGAACCCAGGCAGUCAGACAAGACCUUGGCUCAGCUGCCCUCAGGAUAAGAGUGGGCAACUGAAAGUGGAGCUGCAGCUGGAGAGGGCAGUGCCCAUUGGCUACAUUGAUGUGGGUAACUGCGGCUGUGCUUUCCUGCAAAUUGAUGUGGGUCGUUCUUCCUGGUCCCUGGACAGACCCUUCGUCACCCUGCUCCCUGCAACCAUGCUAAUGUCCCCAACUGAUUCAAAGCAGGGGAAGAACCGCUCAGGGGUCCGCAUGUUUAAAGAUGAUGAUUUCCUGGCUCCAGCCUCAGGAGAGUCAUGGGAUCGACUUCGCCUGACCUGCUCCCAACCCUUCACACGUCAUCAGACCUUUGGCCUGGCCUUUCUGCGGGUGCGUUCCUCCCUGGACUCCUUAGAUGAUUCCAUGAUGGGUCCUUCAGCCCUUGUGAGCUCUGGACUGAGCCAGGGUUCUUCUGAUGCUCAGGAGUCCGGUCCCAGCCCCUGGCUGGCUAAUCCAUCCAUUCGGAGGACAUUCUUCCCAGAUCCCCACACGGACACCAAGGAAAUUUCAGAGCUCAGGAAUAUCCUAACGCAACUGCAGCCAGGGACUCUGGGGCGUUCAGCCCGCAUGGUGCUUUCUGCUGCCCGCCGGGCGUCUCCAGCCAGUGUGUUAAGCUCAAAGAACAGCCAUGCAGAACCUGAUCCCAAUCAUCUGGACAGUGAAGAGCCCAGAGCAGAAGAGCAAGACUCCAAGAAUGCUGUGGGCAGGAUGAAAAGACGGAAAGUGCAGGACCAGAGGCCUCUGUCCAACUCUAACUCUCAGCCAAACAGAAGGGGAACAGCAAGAGCAGGACAAAGAGAAUGCCGACCCCAGGCCCAAAGCAGUGGUGGCCAGCAGAGUGGACAGUGCCCCAUUUGUGCAGGCUCCUUCAGGAUUGAGAGUCUUCCCCUGCACGCUGCCACUUGUGGAGAGACCUCCCCACCUCACCCAGCUUCUCCCUCCUCAUCACCAUCUUCAUCGUCUUCAUCCCAAUUUCACUGUGUGGCACUAACACCAUUUCCCCUGGUCCCCAGGCCACAGCCUAACUGGACCGAGAUCGUGAACAAAAAGCUCAAGUUUCCACCUCCACUCCUGGGUGCCAUCCAGGAGGGCCGGCUGGGUCUUGUGCACCAGCUGCUGGAGUCGGGGUCUGAGGCCACAAGCAGUGGGCCAGCUGGGCCCCUGCGAAAUGUGGAGGAGGCUGAGGACCGCUCCUGGAGGGAAGCUCUCAACCUAGCCAUCCGCCUGGGCCAUGAGGCCAUCACCGAUGUGCUGUUAGCCAAUGUCAAGUUUGACUUCCGGCAGAUCCAUGAAGCCCUGCUGGUGGCCGUGGACACAAACCAGCCAGCAGCAGUGCGUCGCCUGCUGGCCCGGCUAGAACGGGAGAAGGGUCGCAAAGUAGACACUAGGUCCUUCUCACUGGCUUUCUUUGACUCAUCAAUUGAUGGCUCCCGCUUUGCACCUGGUGUCACUCCACUCACCCUGGCCUGCCAGAAGGACCUGUAUGAGAUUGCGCAGCUGCUCAUGGACCAGGGUCACACCAUUGCCCGGCCCCACCCAGUCUCCUGUGCCUGCCUUGAGUGCAGCAAUGCCCGUCGCUACGACCUGCUGAAGUUCUCCCUGUCCCGCAUCAACACCUACCGUGGCAUUGCAAGCAGGGCCCACCUCUCACUGGCCAGUGAGGAUGCCAUGUUGGCUGCCUUCCAGCUCAGCCGCGAGCUCAGGCGCCUCGCACGCAAGGAGCCUGAGUUCAAGCCAGAGUACAUUGCCCUGGAGUCGCUGAGCCAGGACUAUGGCUUUGAGCUGCUGGGCAUGUGCCGGAACCAGAGCGAAGUCACUGCGGUGCUCAACGACCUGGGUGAGGACAGCGAGACCGAUCCCGAGGCUGAGGCCCUAGGCCAGGCCUUCGAGGAAGGCAUCCCCAACCUGGCAAGGCUGCGACUGGCCGUCAACUACAACCAGAAGCGGUUUGUAGCACACCCCAUCUGCCAGCAAGUCCUGUCCUCCAUCUGGUGUGGGAACCUGGCUGGUUGGCGUGGAAGCACCACCAUCUGGAAGCUCUUUGUUGCCUUCCUCAUCUUCCUCACUAUGCCCUUCCUCUGCUUUGGCUACUGGCUAGCACCCAAGUCCCAGCUGGGCCGCCUACUGAAGAUCCCAGUGCUGAAGUUCCUACUUCACUCCGCCUCCUACCUGUGGUUCCUCAUCUUCCUGCUGGGAGAGUCCCUGGUCAUGGAGACACAACUGAGCACUUUCCACGGCCGCAGUCAGAGUGUCUGGGAGACCUCACUGCACAUGGUUUGGGUAACAGGUGCAGCCCUGACAUUAAAACGACAUAGACCCCCCAAUGGUAACAAUGGCUUCCUGACACCUACGGGAGGAGUGGGGCGGCGAGGGCUGGCGCAGGAAUCAACAAGUGCCCCGAAUGAGCGCCGGCCUUCACACCCACCAGGUCUGGAGUUACAGCUGCAGAUGAAGGGUCCCUCGGGAACCAACAAGAAGCAACGAGGAUAA